AUGGCCAAAUCAAAGGACAAACGCUCGGCUAAGACGGACACGCCCAAGAAGAGCCACAAGUCAGACAAGCCAGACAAGUCCCUCAUCAAAGUCGACAAAAAGGCGUUUGACCCGGCGCUAGCAUCGCUGUUUGCUGCCAGUGCCGGACCUGUGCAAGCCCCUUCAAAGUCACGGUACCAAGCGCGCGAACAAGCGAAAGCGACCAAAGAAUCCAGCGAGGAUGAAGGCGAUGCGAACGAUGCGGAACUGAGCUCGGCAUCCGAAAGCUUGCCUUCCGACGAUGACGACGAAGAGGAAGAGGAAGAUGAGGACAUGUCGGAUGCCAGCGACGACGCUGAAUCUGAAGACGAGACCGCGCUAGCAAAACUGGGUGAAGCCGUACUGCACGGCGCAAAGGAAAAGCCAAAGAAGCGCAAGCGAGGCGACAAGGAAGAGAUCGAGGAUGCGUAUAUGCGCAAAGUAGCGCGCGAGGAAGAGAAGGAGGAGGAGCAAAGACAGAAGAAGCGCAAGACCGAAGAAGAGGAGGACGAGGAUUCUUCAGACGAGGACGACGAGGAUGAGUCUUCGGAUGAGGCAGACGAGGGCAAAGAGACCAAGGACGCGGACAAGGCAGAAGACGUCACAAUUCCCAAGCAUGAGUCGCUCAUGGAGAAGACCGACGAGAGCGCAUCCGAGGUGGAGAAGGCGUCCCGCACUGUCUUCCUGAGCAACGUCUCGGUCGAGUGCAUAAGCUCAAAGCCCGCAGAAAAGGCUCUCAAGAAGCACCUGGAGUCCUUUAUACCUGAUCUCGCCGAUAACAAGCCCCCGCACAAGAUCGAGUCGAUACGUUUCCGGUCAACGGCUCUCGAUCCUUCCCUACCCAAACGCGCUGCCUUUGCAACCAAAGACAUCAUAGACGCGACUACCAAGAGCACGAACGCAUAUGCUGUUUACACGACCAAGUUAGCCGCAAGAGAAGCUGUCAAGAAACUCAACGGCUCUAUGCUGCUCAACCGCCAUCUCCAUGUCGAUUCACUAGCCCAUCCCAUGAAGGUCGACCACCGCCGCUGUGUCUUCGUAGGCAACCUUCCCUUCGUAGACGAGGAGUCCCAAACACCCGUCGCAGAAGGCGAGAAGCCCAAGAAGAAGAAGGCCGCCUCUGACAUCGAAGAGGGUCUCUGGGUACACUUUGGCAAAUGCGGCAAAAUCGAGAGCGUGCGCGUAGUCCGCGAUGCCAAGACAAGAGUCGGAAAGGGUUUCGCCUACGUCCAGUUCGUGGAUGAGAACGGCGUCGAAGCCGCGCUGCAACUCAACGAAAAGAUGUACCCACCUAUGCUCCCUCGUAAACUCCGUAUUACACGUUGCAAAGCGGAGAAGAAGAACAAGGAGAAGCCGAGAGGCCCACCGCCAUCCAAGGCACCCAGGCCGGGCGGCAACCCUGGUGCCGGUUACAAGCAGAAGUUGACUGAGGAGCAAAAGUCGAUGCAAGGACGUGCUAGAUCGAUGCUGGGCAAGGUCGCCAAGGCACAAACAAAAGAGGGUUUCGUGUUUGAAGGCCACAGGGCGAGUGAGAGGCAGGGCAAGAGUGGGCUCAAGUUCAAGGGCAGCGGCGGACAAAAGAAGGGUGCCAAUGGACGCAAGAGCAGAAGUGCGGGCUGGAAAAAGAACGGUGGCAAAAAAUAG